UACAAACGAUAGAAUUAGGUAAUUUUGUGAAAAUAAUCACUUGUCGGCUCUCUACAUACGAAUCCAGGGCCUAUUUGCUUUUCGCGUAUGAAAUGAAACAAAGUCUGUUACUCUUACAAUUGAUCUACUGAUGGUGUCCUUCAUUCCGAUGUUUCCGAUUAAAUUUUAAUCCUUUUCGAAGUAAUCAAGGGUCAAUCGAUUUGAAUCUUAGCGGCUGUCUAGUGAGGAAUAGUGGCCGUAGGGACCCUACAUAAUUUCUAGGGUUCUAUUCGACACAGUCGUCAUUCACAUCUGUCAAUCAUGUAAUUAAAUCUCACUUGGUUAGAAUUAAAAUGCGACAGGUUUUAUUGUUAUGAGGGUGCUUGUUAACUACUGGGAGGUGACUUCGAUUACCGAUUGGAUUUCUACGACAGUGGUUGAGCUUUUGGUGUGAUAAUUAUAUGUGGACAGGAGAGAGUGAAGCACGAAUAAUGGGAAACUUUUACGACUGGAGAAAGUAAAAGUUAUAGAUUUUCAGUGAUCCUACGAACUGAUAAUUAAAUAGUGAGUACAUAGCCGGUCAUGUCACCUAGUCAGAGUUAAACAGUCAUCGAUGCAUUUUUUAGGUGCCAAAGUGGCAACUUGCCUCCAUCGGAAAUAAAGAUCGUCAGCUAAAUUCAUUGUUACUUUAAAAAUUGUGAGGCUAUAUUUUUUGUCUGCAUUUCAUUGCAAAAAGCAUAAGGGGCAUUUAUUCUGCCAGUUUUAGAAAACGGAGGAUAAAAAAUGGCAGGACACGAACAAAUGUCAAUAGUUCAAUUGAAAUUUACGUCUGGUGAGUCAGUAGUGAUCACGACGGAGGCAUCACUAAUGCAGGGCCGGGCCAAGGCCCCCCGCCUUCUCGCUCUAGUCAACAAAGGGCCAACAUACGCUCUUGUGGUGUUUCUCACUUCUAGAAGUCCACCUCAGGUUUACAGUGACUUGUCUAUUGAACGAGUAUUGCCUAUCAAUCAAGACUUCAAAUGUGAUAUCGACACUGGAAAUCAACUGCAGGAAAGUCCGGAUGUUUAUCUAAAUAUUUCAUCCAGAAAACAACGAUUAGUAUUCGAGAUGAGACCUGGGGUGGCCACAAGUUCAAUAGUCUCAGAAAUUUUUAGGGCUAUUGAGGUCACCCAGAAAAACAAAAAUCUAACUUCUGACUAUUUGUGGAUUCAAAAGUUAACAGGCAGCACAAGAGCCCUGGACUACGCACCAGGCGACGGUUCCGAUAUUGUGGACCCUCUAGUUGACCUGGAGUCUCCAGACCUCGUGGUUCCUCGACGCAACAUCGCCUCGGGAAAGACACCUGUAGCAGCGCGUGAAUCCGUCGUCCGUUAUCAAAUGGCCUGCAAGGAGGAUGACUACACCUACACAGAAACUUACCGAAUCUUCGUUGGAACGUGGAACGUUAAUGGACAACCACCAAAUAAUAUCUCGAUCGAGGAGUGGUUAAGCAGUGACCGAGUCCCUCCGGAUUUAUAUGCAAUUGGCUUUCAGGAACUAGAUCUUAGUAAAGAAGCAUUUUUAUUCAACGAUACACCACGGGAGGAGGAAUGGAGACAAGUGGUGAUGAAAUCUCUCCAUCCUAAAGGUGUAUACGAGCAAAUAGCACUUGUUCGUCUUGUGGGAAUGAUGCUCAUUGUUUUCGCACAGGAGACACAUUUGCCCUUCAUUAAAAAUGUCUGUGUGGACACGGUAGGCACAGGAAUAAUGGGCAAACUCGGUAACAAAGGAGGUGUAGCUGUGAGCUGUUCCAUCCACAACACGUCCAUUUGUUUUGUCAAUGCCCACCUCGCUGCACACUGCGAAGAAUUUGAGCGCAGAAAUCAAGACUAUGCAGACAUUUGCUCUCGUCUCUCCUUCAACUCUCUUAUCCCUCCAAAAUCCCUCAAGGAUCACGACCAGAUCUACUGGUUGGGUGAUCUGAAUUAUAGAAUCACCGAAAUGGAUGCAUUCACAGCAAAGCAAUACCUCACGUCAAAUACUCUUCUGCCAGUUCUCACCCUGGAUCAACUUCAUCAACAGAAAACAAUUGGCCGAAUCUUCGUGGGCUUUCAUGAGGCGGAGAUCACAUUCAAACCUACCUACAAGUACGAUCCAGGCACCGAUAACUGGGACUCAUCGGAAAAAGGAAGAGCACCAGCUUGGUGUGAUCGUAUCCUUUGGAAAGGUGACUCUAUCACCUCAAUAAAAUACAGGAGCCAUCCAGACCUUCGAAUAUCAGAUCACAAACCAGUUUCUGCAAUUUUUGAUGCCCAAAUCAGAGUCAUCGACAUGACAAAGUAUAGAAAAAUUCACGAAGAAGUAAUGAAAAAGUUAGAUAAAUUGGAGAAUGAAUUUCUACCUCAAGUUAUGGUAGAUACUACAGAAAUAAUCUUCGAUGUUCUUAAGUUUCGUGAACGCAGUAGCAAAGAAUUAAUAAUUGCCAAUACAGGGCAAGUGCCCGUCCAAUUUGAAUUUAUCAAGAAAUUAGAUGACACUAAUUACUGCAAGGAUUGGCUGUCUAUCGCACCAUAUACUGGCUUUAUCAAGCCCGGGGAAAAGUGUGACAUCAAGCUCGAGGUUUACAUUGAUAAAAAAAUGGCCUGCAAAUUCAAUUCCGGAGAAGAUAAAUUGUACGACAUUUUAGUUCUGCAUUUAGAGGGAGGAAAAGACAUUUUUAUAACUGUUACUGGGACCUACGAGAGAAGUUGUUUUGGAUCGUCUAUGGAGGCUUUGGUGCAUAUCUCUGUGCCCAUUAGGGAAGUACCCGUCGGGAGACUGAUGGAGCUAGAAAAUAAUAAAAAUCCUUCGAGCGAACCUUACCCUGUUCCUAAAGAGAUUUGGUUGCUGGUGGAUAGGUUGUAUAGGCAUGCAACAAAACAACGUGAACUUUUUGAAAAGGGUGGACUAGAUAAUGAGAUUAUUGCGAUCAGAGAUUGGUUGGAUCUGGGGAGCCAGGAACCCAUGCCUGGAAAUGUCUAUUCUGUGGCUGAGGCCCUUUUGUUACUGUUGGAAUCAACUGCUGAGCCUCUGGUGCCCUAUAAUUUGCACAGCUUGUGCUUGAGUGCUGCUACCAGUUAUUUGCAAUGCAAACAGUUGGUGAUGCAACUACCGGAAAUUCGAAGAACGGUAUUCCUCUACAUUUGCUUUUUCCUUCAAGAAUUGUUAAAUCAUUCUGAGGAGAAUGGCUUGGACGCUAAGACAUUGGCAACAUUAUUUGGCUCAAUAUUCCUGAGAGAUCCACCAAGAAGCAGAGACGACAGAACUCAACGAAAUCCAUUAAUUCAAGCAACAUUCGACCGUAAGAAAGCAGCAUUUGUGUAUCAAUUCCUCGUGAACGAUCAAAGUGAUUUUCUAGGACGAUAAUUAACAUUAUAAUUGAUUUAAUGAGAAUAUUAACUAUUUCUCACUACGGUUCUGUCUUCUACUGCGUAAUUGAUACUGUUCAGCCUUGUAAAAUCUCAGUACUGUCGUAAAUGUGUGGAGAAUAGGAUAUCAGUCAAAUGCGAAUUAUGCAGAUUAUUUUGCAAAAACGGCUCAAGUUGGUGAAUCCUAUGGUAAGGCCCUGGAAAUUUCGUUCUAUGAAAUGAGUUUUUUAAUGAGGAAAACCUUGACAUACUAAUUCGGUAAUUGAACAAAUUUUGACCGAGAUGAUUUCUAUUCUUGUAAGCUAAUUGCCUACAUUAAAAACUAUUGAGAAAUAGAGCUUUAAAGAUUAUGAAUCAUAAAAAUUAUCGAAAUAAGAGCCCGUCGUCUAAAUUGGGCUCAUACUUGUUCUUUCACAGCUAUUUGUGAAAUAAUCUGUAAAUUCAUCUUCUGAUGACUUAUCUGAUAUCGGGUACUAGUUGGCUACCAAAUGAUGUUCGUAGAAAAAAAUUUAGUAAUAUGAGACGUAAAAAUUACUCGAUGCUAAAUUCAUAAUCAUAAGCUUUAUGGAAAAUGCGCCAAAUGGUAAAACAAUUAUUUUUUUGAAUGAUUUCUGAUCCUAAAAAUCGCAAAGCAGAAAAGUACAUUUGAUGUGAAAAACGAAUUCAAUUCAGAAAACAGUACUAUUGAAGAAUUUAAUCGUCAAAUACUGAGUACUACAGGGAAAUGAUCGAAUAAAUUAUACAUCGUUAGUAUUUAGAAACGGAGUUAUUUUUCUGAAGAUGUUCCCUGUAUUUUUAUAGUUUUAUACUCAUUGGAAAGUGGUGUUCUUCAUACAUGUACUUUGUAAAUAGUUGACUAUUUAUGAGAAUUAGUUAGAUCUUUAAGUAUCUGGUCGUUACCACUUAGAGAUUACCACAUGAGAUUAUUAAGUGCAAUUUAUUGAUUAAAUGUAAAUUAUUAAUUUAUUCAUUUUCAAUGUCCAGGAAAGCGAUGAAAAUUAAGAGAUGAGUCGAUAGAGCGACCAUGAGUUAUUUUAAAAUCAUCUUUAAAACUAAAAAUUCCAAAUAAUAGAGUUAGAAAAUCUAUAACUGGGGUUCUUUCCAUUUGUUCUUUGGCGAUUUUGUUGCAAAAUUAUUCAAACUUUCAAAAGAUAGUAUCAAUUGGAAAUCUAAUUUUCUAAGAAAAAAAUCUCUUGAGGCUUUUUUUUUCCUAGAUAAAUUGUGUGAUGUUGUCGACUUAUCUCUUUACGAUCUCAUUUUUGAAAUACUUAAGUAGAAAAUUAGACACACAGUGCAAUCACUAUUCUCAAAUUUUUUAUUUCCGAAGGAUUCACCAUAUUUGAAAGUUUUGCAAUAUCGAAUUCGUCAAUUAAUGAUAUUAUUUUUCUUGCCUCAAGUAUUUUUCAAAAUUCCAUAAGUACUGUCAAUAAGUAUGGGAAUUUCUCAAUUAUUCAAAAUACUUUUUUAUUCACAUCAUUUGUACAGUUUUCUAAACUGUCGCUCAUUUCAGUAUUUUGGUAUUGAUUUCGAUUGAAAAAUUGGAUCGAUUCCAUCAAUUAAAGGAAUUAGAAUCUCAUAAAAACUUGUUAACAAGUGAAGAAUUUUUAUAAUAAUAAGUAGGCAAGUGGUAAAGAAUUAUGAGAAAACAAUAAAUGUGUAGAUUAUUUCGAAAAUAUUAGAGAUUUAUGGAUAGCUUUUCGAUGAAGAAUUUGAUGUGCAUAAACCGAAAUAGUGUAUUGCGACACGAGUAUAGAAAACUAAUUUCUCUUAAGAGAUCCAUCAAUUCAAUUGAUAUAACCAACAUAAUUUAAUAGCAUUAAUUCAGUUUUUGCCAGUUGAAGGGGAAAAUUGACGAAAAUUUAAAGAGGAAAGCUCAACAGAUGUGCUCUUUGUGGAUGUUAAAAUUUUCAUUAGAAAUCUUAAUUUUUUUUCAUCCACUAUUGCCAUAAAUAUUCGCGAAAUAAUCGAUCUAUCUCGUGCUCAUUACCACUUUACUGGGAAAGUUCAUUGCAAUUUGUAUUGAUAUUAGAUUCGUUAUACUAAUUUGUUCGAUUACUUUUACGAUGCCAUUACACCAAAUAAAAAUUCCAUAGUAUGUACCGCCACUAGCUGACAAUCAUAAUUUUAUUGACGAUUAUUUAAUUGCAGUCAGUAAGUAUCUGUAGACUUUUCAAUAAUUUAUUUAUAUAUUACGGAACGCCCUCUGUCGUACGUAAGAAAGCUACGUCUAGCAAUCGAUUUCAAAUGACAGAACGUCCUUGUCCGUUGUACAGAAAUUACUUAAAAUUAUUCAAAUAUCUAUCUACCUAAUAUAAUACUCAGCUUCACUCAUGGCGAAAAAUUUGAAAAGUCAUUUGGGUGGUUCGAUUUGCUUUUGUAGUUAAUUCAAACGGCACAUAAUUCAUGGGAAAAGAGGAAAUCGUUUGGGCGCUUGUGAGUAAGUUUGUUGUCAUUCCACAAUAAAACCUUGAACUUUAUAAAGGUAAAAUAGAUUUUGUGAAUUUCAAUUAGACACGUUACAGAUAAAAAUUAGCCGUUCACAUUACAUUAUCAGUAUUUCAAUAACAAGAUGCAAUUCAAAAAAUAAGGAUAAGCUGCCAUCAACUCCUCACAAUUAUUUCGAUGAUGUGGAAAACGCCGGGCACAGCUUAAGAGGAAGUUUAUCUCAAAAAAUCAUCAAUAAUCCCCGAGAUGCACGAUCAGUCUGAAAUGUCUCACCCCUUUUCAUCCACUUCAAGUCUGAAUCAUCCCCCACCUUGGAGUACUCGAAAUUUUCGACAAACAGACCCCAAAAGAUUGACCACCAUCGAGAACAACAGUUCAGUCUCUUCAACACAAAAAUGUGGACUUGAGGAAAUGAAAAAUCAGUGGAUCAACAAAAAAAAACCGAAUUAUCAAUUAAAAAGUAUCGUACCUCAGCACUACAAUGCCUCCUCCACAAGAUACAACCCGGCUCUUCUUCAAUGGCCCCACCCAGAGCUUCUGAUGCCCAGAGGAAUCUCCUUAGUCACAGAAAAGAGACUAUUAGCUCGAGCAGAGGCCCUGCAUCAGAGGAAUCAAACCGGGAUCAGUGCGGUCCAGCCUCUUCCCACGGUCGAGGAGUCCAUCGCCCUCAAACUGUAUAAAAAGAAUUUGAAUAACAAGAAAGGGCCAUGGGUCAGGGCUAUAGCAAGUGAGCCUCAAUUGAUAUCUCAAAAUCGAAGAGGGACUAAUGUGCGGUACAGACUUGCUGCUAAAGCUCCAAUUCAUUAUAAUUCUGGGACUCAGUCAAAACUGGCACUGGGCCUGGGGACCGCUGAGAGAUCUUCAACUGCUGCUGAUUUUGCGUGGUACAAAAAUUCUAGGGUGUCUGAUGUAUGGAAGUAAAAUGGUUUGAGAUUUCAAUCAGGUGCAAGCUCUAGAUGAUUACUUCAAAAGACAAGGAAUGCCAGACAUUUAGUUAUACGUAAAUUUAUAAUAAUUAAAAGAUUCGGAGAGGGUAUAGAGAUGUGUCAAGAGACAAGGAGAAUCACGAUUUUUUAUUUGAAUGCUCGAUGAAAGAAAAUAAUAUCUGGUGUCCUGGGGGCAGUACAUAGGUAAGUUCGUUGCCUCAGACAUAGCGAAAAGACAAUUAAAUAAUAGCUAUUGUUUAGGUAUUGUAUAAUUUCUUAAUUGUCAUUCUGUGCAUUGAAUGUUAUUGUUAGAAUAAAAGUAUGUAUUUAUUUUUAUUUAUUAUUAUUUAUAGUCUUUCAAUACACAGGAAAAUAAUUGUUGACCUUUCUUCUACAAUGUAUUUCUUCAGAAUUAUGAAACGAUUACGGUGAAGUGAAUGCUAACUACACUCAGUUAGAAUAAAAAACUUAAAUAUUGA